AUGUCGUCCACAGUAUUGGAGCAUCUCAAGAUCCAGGAGCGUCUCAAAGGUAUUCAAAAGGGUAGCGCUCCCUUGGAGGUGUCGCAUAUGAUAGACUCAUUCCGGAUUCCUGGACCCCUUUCUGAAUCUAAGCUUAUGAGCAUACAAGAGAGUCUAGUCAGCUUGAAUGCAAGGCUUGAUGGCGAAAUCAAAAGGAAUGAUCAACAGGAUGCGGUACUUUUCCUGGUACAAUCUGGUCUUUCAUUCGUUUAUCUACUAAAAUUACCGUUUUUGUUUCGUCAGGGACGUCAAAAGCUUGAACGUGACUUGGAUAGCUUCAACACUCGAACGGAGAAGACAUUCAAAACUUUCAAUACAAACUUCCUCAAUUUCGAAUCCACCUGGACCGGUAAGCAAGAAGAUGAGCUGAGAACCGUGAAUAGUUGGUUUACACAAUUGGAAAGUCAAAUACAUGCCGAUCAAACUAAAUAUACCAAGCUUUGGCAAGACCAACUGGACACUUUGUCUCACUUGAAAGACUGUGAUGAGAAAUUGGGCCAAGCAACUAUAUUGAAUAAGAAGCAACACAUUAAUGGAGGGGGGAUCGUCACUGACCAGUCAUCUGUUAUGUAUAUGAUGCAUCCAAAAUACAACAAGGCCCUUGAAUUACUUAUCGGUACAUCUGAUCAGCAUAUACUGGAUCUACAAAAUCGGGUCGAAGAACAAAAUAACCAAUUCAAUCACAAGUCACAAGGCUGGGACGAGCAUAAAGCCACUUCAAUGGAUAAUCAUUCAUCUGUUGUCCGAAAGUUGGAAGACCUUAACGAACAGAUUACUAAAUACACUGAAAUUCACAAUUCAUCGGAAACUUUGCUUUUAACUAGCAAAGAUCAUGAAGGGUAUUCUAAACAACUGGUGGAUCUUAGACAGCAAAUCACUGAUCUGAGAGUGCUCGAGGAGACCCGUCAGGUAGCACACUCUAAUCAGAGCACUAUUCUUCCCCAUACCGAACAUCAAAGCCUCAUGGUACCCAACACCGAACAGCUUCUUGAACCAAUUCACGAGAAGAUGAAGACCUUGGAAUUGUUGAUCAACCGCAACCAGGCAACACUCUCUAAUCAGAGCCUUAUUGUACCCAACGUUUACCUUUCUGAGGGUUCAUCACCAUUCCAGGAACCGCUUCUUGAACCGAUUCACGAAAAGAUGAAGGCCUUGGAGUCAUUGAUCCACUGCCGUCAGGCAACUCACUCUGAUCGGAGCCUCAUUGUCACCGACACUGAACGGUUGCUUGAACCAAUCCACGAAAAGGUAAAGGCCUUGGAGUCCUUGAUCCAUGACAAUCAGGUAACACAAUCUAAUCAGAGCCUUAUUGUCCCCAAUACCGACGAGAUUCUUGAGCCAGUUCACACAAAGAUCAAGGCCUUGGAGUCCAUGAUCAGCAGCAAUCAGGCAGCAUGCUCCAAGGUUAAUCAGAGCCUUAUUUUACCCAACGUUGAACAGCUUCUUGAACCAAUUCGGGAAAAGGUAAAGGCCUUGGAGUCGUUGAUUAACUGCAACCAGGUAACAACAACUCAAUCCCAUCAAAGAUUCGCUGUCCGCAACACCAAUGCCACGAUGGAGAGAAACCCUUCAAGACAAUUUAGCACUGAGUUUAGUGGCUCCAAUACUUUGAGUGACUCCCCAUCUGGCGACUCGAUGCUGUGUGAUCAAAGGUCCACUUCACAAUCGGCCAGUAGCUCCAGACAUAACUCGUCUACCACCAACAUGGGACACACAGGAGGAUUUCCUUCGGGUUCAAAUGAUACUCGGGGAGAUAUUACAAGGCUCGCAAGUCAUAAUUCUAUGCGGACUCCAGGGCAUUUGUCAAGAGAUAAGAACCCUUUCGAGACCCCCACUUUCAGUUCUCGCCGAAAGACAACAGCGACAACAGCCGCACCUAAGAGGCCAAGUAAAUGGAUAAGACCCGGGCAGGUUAAUCGAGCUGAACCUAGAUCAAGCCUGAGGCAACAGAGAGAAAAUAUGGAAGAUGGGCUGAAGGACGACGAUCAAAACUUGACAAGAGCUCUGCAGUAUCACUUUCGACUUGUGGCAAAUGUGGCCAGAAAGAAAUUAUCCUUCCCAAGGUCUCCAACGAAGGCCAAUCUAGAAGCACUACCUGUCCUUUCUGGUUCAAUACCCCUAGGCCCAGCGGCUCCUUUCGUUAUAACCAACGCACAAGUAUCUCAAACAUGGGAUGAUGAUGAAACCACUCCGGAAGGCUUCUCAGACUAUUGUAUCAGGAGAUUGAGACAGUAUGGUCUCCCAUUUGUGGGAUUGAGCUCUGCGUUUGAGCGUGAGGAUCCAAACGCUUUAGAAUGGAAUGAACGAACUUUGGCUUUUUGCAUAGACACGUUUCACCAUAUGCUGACUGUUGCUGGGGAGUAUGACCAUUUCUUUGGAGUAGACCAGCCGGAGAUUGAUAACGAUAGGGUGGAAGAACUGCUCAGGGUUCACUUUGAAUAUCGCAUCUCGAACAAACGCAUGGACCAGAAAAAGGCUAAUGCUAUUCAAGACCACCAACAAUACAAUCGCCGGAGGCAACGGUGCAAAGGGUUGGCUCUGCGGCGGUUGGAUGCUUGCCUCUCCGUUCCUAGUCUCCUUCCAUACAAGGAUUUGUUUAGGGAUGAGCGCCUAUGCUCGAGUGAUGAAUCUGACAAUGAUGUUCUUGAAGAAGAUCGGGUCCGGCGCGUUCCAGUCUACCGUUCACGUGUAGGAACCAUGUUGGUUGAGCAUGUCGACAAAAUGUAUAGGCAACUCAGACAGGAUGAAGCCCAGAAGAGAGCUGGAAGGAAACCUGCGAAGCGUAUAACAUCGACAACAAAGCAUGCAACGGACUCACAGAGGUGGCCAGUGGGUUUACCUUCAGAUUGCGUGGAUGAGUUAUUUAUGAUCAAAAUUGGAGCAAAGGCCGUGCGAGCACUCAAGUUGAGGGACCCAAUCUUGCAGAAUAUUCCUGUGCUUGCAACUUCGAAUGUAUAA